CUUCGUUGCCUUAGUAACAAGCAACCACCAAGCGUUGUUAAUUGCCCUGGUGAAAUCUUUAUUCGAAAUUAAACAACAAACUGUUUGUUUUUGUUAGUAAGACAGGAAAUACAUUAUGGACAAAGUGGAUAAGUUGGAUGAAGAACGGAAGGAAAAGAAUGAGGUACCAGAAGAAGAACUUCUGAAACAAAUUGAAAUUUUGAUGCCUGAUGUUCCGAAUGAAGUAGCACACACAGACACUCUCAAUAAAGGAGAGUACACAGAUAUUCCUAAUGAAGUGGAGUACACAAAAGAAGGUAUUGGGCAUAUAUCGAGGGACCCACAAGAUGUGAAAGAAAAGGCAUUUCAUGAUCUUGAACAGUGGGGACCUGAGUCUGAUGAUGAAACUUUAUCUCUGUCUUCAGGUGCUAGUCACAUAAGUUUUGAAGAAGAUAAUGAAAAGGACAAAAGUCCAGAAGUCCAGCUGAAUCUUCACAAUUAUCUUGAACUACAACGCUAUCUCAGCCUUCUAGACAGUAACUUUGAGAGAUCUCAGAUCAACCUCGAUCAGUUAUGGGAGGAAUUUAAGCAAUGUCAAGAAAGAAUUUUCAUUUUAAAUGAGGAAGAAGAAGAUGCCCACCUUGAGUUAGAAAAGGCUGAGGCUAGCAACGAAAACAUUCCAUUGAUAAACAGACUUCAGAAGAAGUAUAAGCGUAUCUGUGAGGAAAUAGAUCUGGAGAAUAACCUCAAAACCAAAAUCAGAGAAAUGCUUGAUGAUUCUAGAAAGUCUGUGGUUUCAGCAGAAUUGAGAAGGAACCAGUUUGUACGUGACAAGCAGUUUUUACUUGAAGAUAGAGAUGUACUGCCAAACCAGGCUGAGAAAACACAGACUAAUCUUUACAUUGAAGAGCAAAAGGCACAAAGAGCAAAGAAAACCAAAGAGAAAAUACUACAUGAUGAUAUCGAAGAAGUGAAGCAAGAACAAAUGAAAAUCAAAGAAACUAUAGAACAUUCAAAGGAGGCAUACAAAAAGGCAAACAAAUUUUUGAAGGAAACUUUAUCAAAGAUUCAAGAAAGUGAUGAGAAAAACAAUGAAGAAUAUAAAGCUUAUAUGAAGCAAAGAAUGGAGACUGUCCUGAAGUUAAAAGAAUCUAUUGAUGCUAGUAAAACACUUCGACACACCAAGAAGCAGCAAGCAGUUUCAGAGAGGGACACCUAUGAAGAAAGAGAGACUGCUUCAGAAAGAAUUUGUUCAAAGAUUACGGAUAUGAUAAGGGGGAAAAAAGAAAUGGCAGAAAGACAAGAAAGAGAACUGAAGAGGAGACAACAGGAAAAUUCUUGCAAAAUCAUUGAAAAGAUUUUAAUGGAAGAAAAACUAAGAAAGAAAUUGAUGCAGAAAACUAAAACACCAAGUAGUUCUCUGUAUAUGAAGCAAAGGAAAAAUGUUAUUCCACUGUUACAGAAACUCAAUCUUCUAGAUGCCAUCAGUGAUGUGGAAAAACCAUCUCCACGUCUUCCAAAGAUAGACAUUAAAACAUCUUCAAUUUAUGAAGAUGAAACCAAUUUAUCUGUGCCAGAGUUUGAUGGGCUUUGGAAAGAAUGUGAUUUUCUCAAGAAAACUAAUGCAUCACUUGAGGAGCAAACUGUUUUCGAAAAUAGAUCAACAAAGGAAAACAUGAAGAAGACUCUCUCAAAGGCAGACAUUCCAAGUGACAAAUCUCCAGAAACAGUCACUACUGCUUUUCAUGGAAAACCAGAUGUUAUUCAUUUCAAGGACAUUGAAGUUGGCAAAAGCUAUAGAAAAAGAACGGUGAUCACCAAUGUGUCCAGUAACGUAAAUUACAUAAGAUACAGUCAUGUGACAUCAAAAAUGAAAGACUUUGUUGAUAUUGAAUUUCACCCACCAGGCCUUUUGUCUCCUGGGAUGGCUUGUGAACUAUUUGUCACCUUUAAACCUUUGAUAAACCAAAACAUAACAGGAGAAGUGAACCUUGAAACAAAGACUGGAACAUUUCAGAUAUUCUUAAAAACUUCCAUAAAGAAAUGUCAGCUGAAGAUUAACACAUCAACUGUGGACUUUGGCCAAACUGUCAUUGAAGAGAUCCAUAAGAAAAGCAUCCACUUAGAGAAUGAUGGAGCUUUGGGUACAAAUUAUACCUUCAUUUCUGAGAAGAUGUUUUUAAAGACUAAGAAAGAUGAGCUCAUUUCAAAAGAAAGUUUUGGAAGAUCAUCUGAUGAUCAACAAAGUUCUAGUAACAUAGAGCAGGAAGAAUCCUUAGACGACAUGGAUGAAGAGGAUGUUGACAUUUCAGUUGGGAAAGAAAGUUCUGGUUAUAUUGGUCCGUAUUCUAGUGUAAAGUUAGAAAUUGUGUGGCAUCCAAAACUACCUGGUCCUCUGAGAACUAAUUACAUCUUCAGCUUCUCUGAUUCAAGUUUAGAAACGAUCCCUGUAAAGCUCAUUGGAGUUGCAACUGAUAUUCUUGUUCAAAUUUUACAAACUUCAAUGGAUAUGAAAAUCUGUGUUUAUGACAAGCUGUAUCAGGAUACUAUAAUACUAGAAAACAGGCAACCUUCAGCUUUCAAAAUCAAGUUUGAUAUUGAUCGAAGAAUACGUAACCAUCUUGAAAUUCUACCUAAAAUGGGUAUCAUUCAAGCAAAAUCUCAGUUCUUAGCACAGUUGAAGUUUCUUCCAAGAAAAUCCCUUACAAAAGAUGCACCACAAUUCUAUGAUGUCAAUACCAGUGUAUUUGAAAUGAACAUUAAAAUCUGGAUUGCAAGUUAUCGCAAGCCAAUCAUUUUCACAGUACAUGCUGUUGUGACUUCAUCUGACCUCCAGUUUAAUGAAAGUUCUAUUGACUUCGGUAAUUGUACAAUAUUUGAAUCUGCCUGUCGUUAUGUUGAGCUGUACAAUAAAUCCCUCCUGCCUCAACAGUUUGCCUUCCUGAACAUACCUUCUUUUGUUGAUGUACAACCAAAUGAUGGCUUUGGCACUAUACUACCUUUAGAAAGUCUGACACUGGAAGUUGUGUUCCAACCAAGCACUGCUAAGGAAUAUGAGUUUGAUAUUGUGUGUAAGACAUUAACAAACAGUGAGUUCCCACUGAAAUGUAAGGGUUUGGGCAUUGCUCCACCCCUAAAACUGUCACAUCAGGUAAUCAAUUUUAAGGGAACAGCUCUGUAUGAUAAAUCAGAAGCAACUGUCUACCUCUCCAAAUAUCCAGACAACCAAGAGAUGAAAAGUGACAGCAGCCAUAAAGGCAAGCAUCACUCAAAUACAGAAAUUGUUUCAUUUGAGUUUGUAAUUCCUGAAGAUGUACCUAUUGCCAUUUUCCCUUGUGUUGGCAGUGUCUAUGACGACGAGUUGCGAGUACAAGUUCAGUUUUCUCCAGUUCUUAACGAAAGAGAAAUCAAAGAAGAAGCUGUUGCAGUGGUCACUGCUAUGCUUCAGAAAGAACUCCAUGUGAAAUACCAAAUACAUUUGAAGAAAGUCGAGGAAGAAAGACAGCAAAGUUUGAGAAGUAGCAAAAGCAAAACUUCAAAAAGAAUGAAAUCCAUCGACUGUAUAUCAUCCCCUUCAGGACUAAAGCCAAGGUUAACUCUACAGCCUUGUAUGGAGUCCAUUAAAAUUGAUUCAAAGGAAUACUCAUCAGCUGUUAUUUCUUUGGUCCGAAAUUUCAAACCAUUUGAAAAGAUGUACAGAAUCCCUUGCCAUGUUGCUCGGGGUCUUUGCAGCCCAAUGAAUCCACUUGCAUAUGAUGUAUCAGAGACACUCUACCUAGAGGUGUACUGUACAACAAUCAGCCCAUCCAUUAUUGUAUUGUCAGAUAAUGGGAAAAGUGAAAUGAACUUUGGGAACAUCUGUGUUGGACAGUCCAGAAUGAAAUCUCUGACCAUUCAGAACAUAUCAGAUGACACCAUCAAACUCUCCACAUCAGUUUUCAACACAAAUGGACCCUUUCUGAUCAAAAAUUCCUUCCCAACUCUACAACCAAAUGAUAUACAUUCAUUAAUUAUUUCCUUCUCUCCUUCCACUGGUGAAGAGUUUUAUGAAGUCCUCCAGAUCAAGUCAGCAUUAUCAUGUGUGUAUGUCAAGGUAACUGGGGUUGGAAUUGUUCCAAAUCUGAAGUUCUCAUUUGAGGGCAGCAUCUUUGAUAUGGGCUGCAUUAAUGCUGGAGAAUUCUACAACAAAACAUUUACGAUCCAGAAUCUCUCACCAAUUAGUAUUGACUUCACCAUUGAACUGGCAAGUAUAUCUGAUCAAUAUUCCAAAGAUACUGAAUGGAACAUUCAACCAGUUAACACCGUAUACAAACCCCUUCGACAGAAUUUUCCACACCAACCUUUAAAACCUUUCAUUGGCAUACAGAAUUAUAAUGGCUUGAAUGUGUUUGACUUGGUCCCCAGUUCUGGACAGAUUGCAGCUGGUAGUACCAAAGAGAUCACUAUAACAUUUGCACCUGACCACACGAGUAAAUCCUUCUCAGAUAUUGUGAAAAUAAACACUUUUGAAAAGAACUGUGUCCAUUCUUUCCAAGUUGUUGGUCAAGGAAAGGGGACUUCAGUUUUCUUUGAUGAACAUGAUAAACCAGUUCCUGCCAUUGAAUCUCUCAGCCUUUCAGCACUUUCACAAAUGCAAGAUGACACAAUUCUUGUAAAUCUACAGAGUAUAUUUGAACAAGAUAAAUGUAGCAUUGUAAAGAAAGAGCUUUCAUUUGGCAGCAUCAUAAAUACCACGUCUUCAAGCCAAAAAAAGGGAGGAGAGGUUUCCUUUGAGGUCACCAGUGAUUUUACAUCGAAAGGAUUCAGCGUAGAGCCACACAAGGCAUCUUUAGAUUCUGGUUCAAAGAAAACAGUGAUAUUAACCUGGAACCCACCACAUGGCUCUAAGCCUGGAUAUUCCAUAAAAACAAUUCUUCCAUGUAAUAUGAAAGGAUCUGAUGCCACCGUCUACCCAAUAAAAAUAUAUUUAUGUGCGGUUGUACUUCUGAACUGUACUCCAUAGCAAAGCAUGCAGGUUCUUCACAAAUGUCUAUAUUUCUCUCUUAAAUACGAAAACAAGAAAUAUUUCUUCAUCUGCAGUGUUUAUUUACAGUAAAAUAAAGGGAUACCUGAGGUGGAAUCCAAGUACCUCAGAAACUACAGGACCCUAUCACUGCUGAGAAAGUAAUGAAUGUUUAAUUUUACAGAUUCAAUUAAGUAUGUAACUUAUAUUAAAUUAUUUUUUACUA